AUGCAAGUCGUCAUUGCGUUUGUCUUUGCCUUGUUAGGGCUCUUGCAGCUAGCAGCUUCUACAGAGACUUCGCAGAGACCGAGUGUACUGACAGGUGCACCAUCUGUACGACUUCGUGUCAUGAUGAAACGUGAAAAGAUGAGGUUGCACGGGACCUUGUCCUUUGACGUCUACGCGACUCCAGUCAUAUCUGCAAAUGGUGCGAGUGUCCUCUACGACGGAUAUGCCACGUUUCUUGACAACGGGUCGGAGAUUACGUACACUCUUGCAAAUGGCGCUGCUUACCUAACGACCAAAGACACUAGCGGUGUCGAGACGGUUGGAUGUCUCUCGCCUAAUGCACUACCGUUUGACAGGAUUUUGCCCGCGUUGAAUGACGUUUCGCGAAUUCCAAGUGCAUCCAUUGGCGAGGAAGCAGUCAAAUGUCCAGAAGGGAAUUUGUUCAAGACGUCGUUCGUUGGCGUGCACUACGCCAUCUGCGUGUCUGGCGAAGCCGGAUUCACGGCAUUCAGCAGUGACUUGGACAUUGCUGUCGAGUAUCUCGACCGACAGGAGCGUAUUCAAGAACCAAAGCUAUCCGAUGGAAGAAGCUCAUGCAAACCUGUCGCACCAGCCACACUGAUGACACCAACCGCUUUAUCUCUGAUGCGUGGGAGUAAUUUGAUGUCAAGUACGACAAGAGGUCUAAAGGCAGAGUCUCACAUGGCCAUGCAGGCGACCGAGUGUCAACAAACGUCAAAACGUCGCCCUUGCAUCAUAUUUCAUGGUCUCGGUAACCCGCACGAAAGAACCGAAUUGCAGAACACGCCGGACUUGGUCCGUGAUAGGAUAGGCAAUAUCAACGCCCCGUUUUGCUCUUCAGUCAAGUAUGCUGUAAUCAACACCGCCGACGUCGGAUGGAGGGACGACAUGUUGCAACAGAAAUACUGCAACUUCUCGCUCUCCCUGAGCGCUUCGAGUGACGUAGCUGCUGGGAUUAUUGACAACGCGAUCAUUGUGACCCAUUCGAUGGGCGGCCUCGUGAUGGCUAGUGCAUUGGCAAAUGGAAAGUGCUCAUUCUCACCGAACACGUCGUGGGUAUCGCUCAGUCCACCAAUGGGUGGUAGCAUGACUUCGGAUUACAUGUUAGAUGUCUGCGGGGGAAAAAAGAUGCCAUCGCUGAAGGACUAUUUGGAUUGCUUGGCCAGUGUCCACUGA